AUGCCCUUCAAUUCUACUGAGGUGAAUGUCGUCAACAGAUUUGUCAACAGUUCUUCGCUGACACAUGCAGUACUGCUGCCGACAUUGAACAAUACAAGCUUCAACUGGACAAGCACAAAUGAGACACAGUCCUGUCAUGUGUGGCAAGAUGUCCAGCACAUCCUCUUUCAGCUGGGCAGUCUGUGUAUGGCCUUCUCUUUCCUGACACCCAUCAGCUUCCAAUAUCAUGUUCUCUUCCUGCGCUGCCUCCUGCUCUUCACCUUCCUCUUCUACAUCCUCUGGGCAGGACUGUUCAUUUGCUUGCCAGACAUUUUGGCAUGGAACUGUGCCUUCUUUUUCAUCAACAUUGCGCAAAUUUUAUACUUGGCCUACAACAUGUAUCCCGUCCAUAUUAACAAGGAAUAUGAGGAUGCCUAUGCCAAAUUAUUCAAGCCACUCGGUGUAUCACGUAUAGAGUUCAGAUCCCUCACCCGAAUUGGCAGCCUUGUGUAUCUGCGUCAAGGAAGUACUUACGCAACAGAGGGAAUUACCCCAUGUGGAGAAAAGCUCUCCCUGCUUCUCAGAGGAAGGAUGUAG